ACUUCUCAAACAUUCAUGCCAAGUCGAAAAGUUAAAACACUUUGCACAAGCCUAUCAGUGAAAGAGAUGUUCUUGUCUGUCCCUUUCAGAUACCUUCUGUUCUCUCUCUUUCUUUCGUAGAUGAUUUGGAAAUAAAGAUUAUAUCAAUUGCCCUGCGCUAAUGACAACGUGAGGAGCAAUAAUUCGUCGAGAGAAAUGUAAUUUUUCAACUUCCCACCUUGUGUCUCGUGUUGUCAUGCAAAAUGGCAUUUAAGGCCUGCUUGCAGAAUUUGAAAAUGGAGAAAGAGGAACUGCUGGGCUCCUCUUGAAGAGGGUUCUUGAACUUCACCUGUGUCGUCGCCGAUCGGGAUUUCUUCGAGGGCGCCUGAGUGCGAGAUUGUCGGGGAAUCUCUCUCGAAUGUGCAUUGGCAAGGACUAGUUUAGCAGAGUAGGAAGGAUGACGUAUGAAGCGAUACUGGCGAGGAGUUUUAGCCGGUACGAGCAGAAGAAGCUCGGAUGGGGAGCGCUUCUUGGGUGUUUUCUCAUUUUCUUGAGCUUCUUCACUGUCUUCAAACCUUACUUGGGUCCUUUACCGAUUUUGAACAUGCGGUUGUCGAUGGGUGUCGCUCACAGGAUGUUCGCAACCAAGGAGACAGAGAGUUCUCAGAAGCAAGAGAUGGUCAGAGUUGCGCAAAAGGAGGCCGCGAAAUCGGAGCUUUUGCUUGUUUCCACGAGUCACCAGGAGAAUGUGACAACAAAACCGGAGCUUCGACUCAAUUCCACAGACCCCAAAGAAAAUACGACGAGAACGAAACCGGAGAUACUGCUCAAUUCCACAGAUCACCAUGUUGCAAAAAAUGUCACAUUGGAACCUGGUCCAGAGGUACUACUGAAUAACACAGAACACCCAGCUGUGGAAAUUGAGGAAUCAGAGCAGCUAAAUUCCACUGAUCACCAGGAUACUUCAUUGUCUAUAGCAGGGAAUGCGACGCAGAAAAGAGUGCCGCUAUGCAACAUUCUGAAUCCAAGAACGGACAUAUGUGACAUCACCGGUGAAGUUAGGGUCCAUGCCAAAUCCUACACAGUCUAUGCCUCUUCCACUGAAAUGUCCACUCUGGAUGAUGGACAGACCUCAUGGAAGAUAAGACCGUACGCGAGAAAAACAGACCGGACGGCAAUGAGCUCAGUCACGGAAUGGUCCGUGGUCCCUGCAUCUGUGGACAGACGUAAAAUUCCUAAAUGCACCCAAAACCAUGCUGCCCCGGCCAUCCUUUUCUCGGCCGGUGGAUUUUCGGGGAACCACUUCCAUGACUUCAGCGACAUCAUACUCCCGCUCUACCUGACGGCUAGGCCGUUUAAUGGGGACGUGCAGCUCCUCGUGACCAAUUACCGGUCCUGGUGGGCCUCGAAGUUCAGAGCGAUACUGCAAAACCUUUCCAAGCAUCCGGCCAUCGACAUUGACCAGCAAAAGGAAGAGGUGCAUUGCUUCCCGAGCGUGAUCGUGGGGCUCAACCGUCACGACGAGUUCAAAAUCAACCCUUCCAUGCCUCCCCACACAACAAUGAGGGACUUCAGGGAAUUCCUGAGGACCUCCUACUCACUAGAAAGGGCCAAAGCAAUCGAAUUACAGGCCAGCGACACUCGAAAGCCCCGUCUUCUGAUCGUGGCCAGGAAACGUUCACGAUCCUUCACCAACCCCACAAGGAUUGCGAAGACCGCCAAGGCGGUGGGGUUCGAGCCAGUGGUGGCGGAGGCGGACAUGAACGUGGCGCGGUUCGCCGAGCUCAUGAACUCGUGCGAUGCGGUGAUGGGGGUUCACGGGGCAGGGCUGACCAACAUCCUGUUCCUACCGGACGACGCGGUCCUGAUCCAAAUCGUGCCAUUAGGAGGCGCCUGGCUCUCCAGGACAUACUUUGGCGACCCUUCCAGGGACAUGAACUUGAGGUACCUGGAGUACAAGAUUGGCGUGAGGGAGAGCACGUUGGCGGAUCAAUACCCAGUCGACCACGUCGCUCUGAAAGAUCCGUCCGCGUUCCACAGAGGCAAAUGGAACGAUUUCAAGAAGAUUUACCUGGACAACCAGAACGUGAAGCUUGACGUCAGGAGGUUCAGACCCACUUUGCUGAAAGCCCUCCAGCUUCUGCGCGAGCAGAAGAGGCGUUAAAAGUUCAUCCUUUGCACACAAAUCCUCUCUCUUUCCUUCAUUUUUUUUUGGGGGGUCUUAUGCUCAGUGGGCCUUCUGAAUGUAAAUUCAUACAAAUUCGAGUUCUCUGUCUUGCGGGUUGUGUAGUGAAGUGAUCAAGGGUCGGUUGUGGACACCUUCUGUUGCUCAGCGUUAGAAUGUCAAAGAAGCCAGGGAAGAAAUCUUGAGCUUCUAUGCUAGGACGAGAUUCGUUCUGGACAAAUCCAUUUUCUUUUCUUUUUUCCCUUAAAACCUUUGCUGGUGGUGAAAUCUCUGGUAUC